AUGGAAAUAGUACAGUCUGAUGGAUAUGUCCUAGAUGUUGAUAAAAGAGGUGAUGAAAGGAAAACUGGAUUGUUUUUUCAAAAUAUGCUAAUAAAUAGCCAUAAAGGGGAAGUGUACUCAAUAAGUUUUUCUUAUGAUGGUAAAUUUGUAGCAUCAUCCAGCUUUGACAUGACUGUAAUGAUACAUAAUGUUUAUAAAGAAUGUGAAACUGUUAAUGUUUUUAGAGGACAUAAAAACGCAGUAUUACAAGUCAAAUGGACAAAAGAUGAUACUUAUUUAUGUAGCGUAUCGGCUGAUCAUAAUUCUUUUCUUUGGGAUAUUGAAAAUGAACAAAAAAUAAGAAGUUUUAAAAGCCAUACAAGCGUAAUUAAUAGCUUAAAUAUAAUUGAUUAUAAUACAUUUGUUACAUGCAGUGAUGAUGGUAGCUUAAAAUUUUGGGAUUUUCGAAAUAAAAAUUGUAUAUAUACUAUUCAAGAUAAUUUUCCAUUAUUAUGUGUGUGUGGAAAUAAAAAAGGAGAUACUAUAUAUACUAGUUCAGUUGAUAAUAGUAUAAAAAUCUUUGAUACUAAAACUUAUCAAUUAAAAGAUACAUUAAAAGGACACACAGAUUAUAUAAGUGGAUUGGAUAUAAAUAAUGAUGAAACUAUAUUAGCUUCAAUAAGUGCUGAUGAAAAAAUAUGUUUUUGGGAUAUUCAGCCUUUUCCUUGUGAUGAUAAAUUAUUAUAUUCUUUAAAUUCACCAAAAUAUAAUAUUGAUUACAAUUUAAUAAGGUUAGCAUUUAAUAAUGACAAUUUACUUGCUUGUGGAAGUGGAGAUAGCUAUUUGUAUAUUUAUGAUUAUAAACAAAAAAAUUUAAAAUAUACAUUGCCUGGUCAUACAAGUACAAUAAAUGAUGUUGCCUUUCAUCCAGUUGAGGAAAUUGUUGCAUCAUGCUCCUCUGAUUGCAACAUAUUUUUAGGCGAAUUGUAG